GCGAUCGAUCUAAUGAGCAAGCAAUGCCUGGAGCUCAUCUACUCGUGCAAGACGCUGGCUAUGGCGGAGCGAAUCCACUCCCAGCUGCAGCCCACCAUCGCCCCGGACGAUGCCUUCGUCCACAACAAGCUGAUCGAGAUGUAUGGCAAUUGCGGCAGCUCCGGCCGCGCGCGGGAGGUCUUCGACGCACUGGGCUCCUCCAGAGACCUCUUCUCUUGGGUUCUCAUGAUGCAAGCCUAUGCCCACAACAGGAACCAGGAGCAAGUGAGGUCGCUCUUCGAUUCCAUGCCCGCGCACAAUCUCGUUGCCUGGAAUGCAAUGCUCAGUGCCUACACGCAAAGCAAGAGCCUUGAGAGAGCCGAGGAGAUCUUCGAAGGUAUGCCCGAACGGAGCAUGGUUUCGUGGAAUGCCAUGCUUGCAGCAUAUGCCCAAAGUGGGCAUCUGGAUAAGGCCGAGAGAUUGUUUGAGCAAGUACCGCAGCGCCAUGUCGUGUCCUGGACGGCCAUGGUCGCUGGAUUCGCCCAGCAGGGAAAAUUCGAGCAAGCCAAAGCUUUCUUCGAUCGCAUGCCAGAGAGAAAUCUUGUGUCUUGGACUGCGAUCCUCUCUGCAAAUGCCCAAGCAGGCCGGCUCGAGGAAGCGAAGAGAGUCUUCUCCGAAAUGCCCGAGAGGAAUGUGGUGUCUUUCACGGCGAUGCUGGCAGGACUCGCCCGGCAAGGCGAGGUCGAGCAGGCCAGGACCUUGUUCGAUCAGAUGCCUGAGCGGAACCUCGUUGCAUUUACUGCGAUGCUGGCCGCCUACGCUCAGCGCGGGCGCAUUGCAGAAUCGAGGCAGAUCUUCGACGCGAUGCCGCAGCGCGAUCUCGUGUCGUUUAACUGCAUCCUUUCGGGAUAUGCCCAGACCGGGGAUCUGGACGAGGCGAAGCGUACCCUCUCAAGAAUGCCACUGAUAGAUCUCGUCUCCUCUACGGCAAUGCUCACUGCGUACUCCCAGGCCGGUCAUGUAGAGCAGGCCAAGACGGUGUUCGAUCAAAUGUCCCAGCAAAACCUAGUGACCUGGAAUGCCAUGCUCGCAGCAUAUGCCCAAAACGGGCAUAUGGAGCCGAGCAAGAACAUCUUCGAUUCCAUGCCACAGCGCGAUGUUGUGUCAUGGAGCACGAUGCUAGUCGCAUACGCACAGUGCCGGCGAAUCGACUGCGCGGAGGAAACCUUCCAUUUCAUGCCGGAGCGCGACACCGUGACGAGAAACGCGAUGAUCACCGCAUUUGCCCAGAGCGGGCGCCUGGACCACGCGGCGCUGCUCUUCGCUAGGAUGCCGGAGCGCGGGAUCAUCUCCUGGAGCGCGAUGCUGGGGGCCUAUUCGGCCCAGGGCGGCGAGCACUUCGCCGAGGCGUGCGCCGUGUUCUACGAGAUGGGCACCCUGGAAUCACCCGACGAGACGUGCUACCUCUCGAUCCUCGUCGCUUGUAGCAGAAAGGGGAAGCUCUACGAUGGGCGAUCGCAUUUCGUGUCCAUGGGCUUGGAUCACGGGCUCCAACCAGGCAAGCAGCACUACUGCUGCAUGGUGGAUCUCCUGGGACGAGCCGGGUACCUGGAUCAAGCCAGAGAUCUCAUCGCGAGCAUGCCUUUUGUUCCAGACAUCUUGGAGUGGACGUCGCUGCUAGGCGCUAGUCGGGGACACGAGAGCCUUCGCCAUGGCGAGAGCGCUGCCAGGAAGCUCCUGAGCUGCGGCGAUGGCGCGACCCAGGCCUACGUGCUGCUCUCCAGCCUCUACACCGAUGGAUCCUUUGCCAAGUCUCAAAGAUCUCCGAGGAUGAGCGAUACGAAAACUUUACUUCCAAGUUGAUUGAAUCAAGAUCCGGGAAAUAUCGGGUCUACAAAAACAAGACUUUUACGUCGAUGGGCCGCU